GCAGCGGCGGCGGCGGCGGCUGGGACGAAGCGACGGCGGCGGCGACGACGGAGGCGCGGGGCGCUGGGGCUGAUGGCAGCGGCCGGGCCCGGGGCGGCGCUGUCCCCGCGGCGGUGCGACAGCGACCCGGCCUCCCCCGGAGCGCAGUCCCCAAAGGAUGAUAAUGAAGAUAACUCAAAUGAUGGGACCCAUCCAUCUAAAAGGAGGCGAAUGGGCUCAGGAGACAGCUCAAGAAGUUGUGAGACUUCAAGUCAAGAUCUUAGCUUCAGUUACUACCCAGCAGAAAACUUAAUCGAAUACAAAUGGCCACCUGAUGAAACAGGAGAAUACUAUAUGCUUCAGGAGCAAGUCAGUGAAUAUCUGGGUGUGACCUCCUUCAAGCGGAAAUAUCCAGAGCGACGAGAUUUAUCUCACAAGGAGAAACUGUACCUGAGAGAAUUAAACGUCAUCACGGAAACACAGUGCACACUGGGUUUAACAGCAUUGCGCAGUGAUGAAGUGAUUGACUUAAUGAUAAAAGAAUAUCCAGCUAAACACGCUGAGUACUCGGUUAUCCUACAAGAAAAGGAGCGUCAGAGAAUUACAGAUCACUAUAAAGAGUAUUCUCAAAUGCAACAACAGAGUACUCAGAAAGUCGAAGCCAGCAAAGUACCUGAGUACAUUAAGAAAGCAGCCAAGAAGGCAGCUGAGUUCAACAGCAACUUAAACCGGGAGCGCAUGGAAGAAAGAAGAGCCUAUUUUGACUUACAGACACAUGUUAUCCAAGUGCCUCAAGGAAAGUACAAAGUGUUGCCGACAGACCGAACGAAGGUCAGUUCCUACCCAGUGGCUCUCAUCCCCGGACAGUUCCAGGAGUAUUAUAAGAGGUACUCACCAGAUGAGCUUCGGUACUUGCCAUUAAACACAGCCCUGUAUGAGCCGCCCCUGGACCCAGAGCUCCCGGCACUAGAUAGUGAUGGAGACUCAGAUGAUGGUGAAGAUGGCGGAGGGGAUGAGAAGCGGAAAAAUAAAGGCACUUCGGACAGCUCCUCAGGCAAUGUGUCUGAAGGAGACAGCCCCCCUGACAGCCAGGAGGACACCUUCCAUGGAAGACAGAAAUCAAAAGACAAAAUGGCCACUCCAAGAAAAGACGGCUCCAAACGUUCUGUACUGUCCAAAUCAGCUCCCGGGUACAAGCCAAAGGUCAUUCCAAAUGCUCUAUGUGGAAUUUGUCUGAAGGGUAAGGAGUCCAACAAGAAAGGAAAGGCUGAAUCACUUAUACACUGCUCCCAGUGUGAUAACAGUGGCCACCCUUCUUGCUUGGAUAUGACCAUGGAGCUUGUUUCUAUGAUUAAGACCUACCCAUGGCAGUGUAUGGAAUGUAAGACAUGCAUUAUAUGUGGACAGCCCCACCAUGAAGAAGAAAUGAUGUUCUGUGAUGUGUGUGACAGAGGUUAUCAUACUUUUUGUGUGGGCCUUGGUGCUAUUCCUUCAGGUCGCUGGAUUUGUGACUGUUGUCAGCGAGCUCCCCCAACACCCAGGAAAGUGGGCAGAAGGGGGAAAAACAGCAAAGAGGGGUAAAAUAGGCUUUGACCCUCAUGUUUGGGAUAUUUGGUGCCAAUUUAUUUACAACACUUUCAUUUUUAUGCCAAUAAAAACUUUUUUGAAAUUAA